AUGUCACGGCCGCCAUCGUCCAGCACGACCCCACACGCCCCAAUCGCGCCCAUAGCCCCAGCAGCGGUGCACGCGCUCGCCGCGCCCGUCCCGGCGCUCGUCGACGCCGCGCUGCCAGCGUACCUCGUCCCCGCGGCGCUCAAGGCGCUGACCGACUCGGCAAGCUACGCCGUGCACCGCCGGCUCGAGGCCGAGCGCGAGGCGGAGGGCUCGGCCGAGGGAGCAUUCGCUACGGAAGCCGCGGCCGCCGCCAAGGGCAAGGGAAAGUCGGCCGCCGCGGACGCGGUCCCCGGUAUCGUCGAGGAGGCGGUCGUUACACGCAUGGAGAGGAUCGGGUUCAUGGUCGGCGGGUUUGUGGCUGAGAAACUCACCGCAGCCCGCGCACCCAUCGCGUCCCACCUCGACAUCAUCAAGUUCAUCUGCAAGGACCUCUUCCUGCACGUGUACGGCAAGCAGAUUGACAACCUGCGCACCAACCACCGCGGCGUGUUCGUGCUCCAGAGCCACGCGUUCCCGCCGCUCGCGGGGCUGAGCAGCUUCCGUGGCGCUGCGGCCGACCUCGAGGCAGCGCGCGUGCACCUCGUCUUUCCGCAGGCGCUUGUCCAGGGCGCGCUGGCACGGCUGGGCAUGGUCGCGACUGUUACGGCUGAGAGCGCACAGCUGCCCCAGUGCACAUUCCAGAUCCGCACCGUCAAGCACUCGUCGGGUGCUGCGAGCCAGCAGCCUCCACUGUCUGCUGGCGUGCCCCCCACACCGACGAGGCAAUCGCUGGGAGGCGCAUAGCCACAUCCCUUGUAACUAUACCCGCCCUUCUAUACCAUUCAAUGGAAUACCUGUACAAUGGAAUACCUGCA